GGAGCGGAAUGAUGGAAGUGUUGAAGUGACAGUUGUCUAAACGGGUCUAGCCACCAAGUUUGGUUUUUGAUUGAGUUAAGGUUCUCGAAGUGUUAUUAGGCUUGAUCACACAGAGGAGCAGUAUAAUAUUCCUCCAGUCACGUUUCAUUGCAACAGGCCACAUACAGCGACAUCACAAUUAACGUGUAUAUGUGAUCGAAAGGUGUUUUUUAGCGAAUUGUUUUUUUUUCCCAGAAUCCUCGAAACCAGACCUAAACACGUCGGGUGAUUCUACCCACCUUUUCUUGGAAAAUUAUUCCGUCUUGUUAAACGUUGUGUAGCGGGUAUGUCCGAUCAGUCUGAGGAUGUUGCGCAGCUCAUGGAGAUUACAGGACUGGACCAAGCAGCGGCUCAGAGUCUGCUGGAAAUGCAUAAUUCCAAUCUCGAACAGGCAAUCAAUUACCACCUAGAAACUUCUAACGAACAUGAGCUACGAAACACUUCUACCGCGGAUGGAAGUAGGAGUGGUCCAAGCUCUAAUAAUCACGGGGUUAGUAGGACGCCCAUUAUUCCCGUUGAACCCGGUGAAGAUUAUGUACGUGCUCCGAUCCCAUCGAGAAAGGAGCAGUUGGUAAUGCCUGAGGAUGACAAUUUUCGUUUCCGGAAACGGCGAGCACCUGCCUUCUCCGUGUGUCCUUUGCGGAAUUUCGCCCGGGAGGCUGAGAUCCAGGAAGAACAAUUGAACACAUACCUGGAUGGUGGAGGGAUGACAGCGAUUGGUAGCGUUUUCGCCAAUCGGGGAGUUAGUGGCAUUGGUUCGGCGGCUGGCUACAGUCGAGAGGGCUACGACCAGGCCGCUAACGGAGUGGACGCAAGCUUAUCUACCCAAACUAUUGCAAAACGGGCGCGCCUAGAAGACCUAUUCCGACCACCGGUGGAAUUACUAUUCUGGGGCACGUUUCAUGCGGUCCGGAACUAUGCAACGUUGCAAAAUCGUUGGCUUAUCGUCAAUUUGCAAGAUAAUUCAGAGUUCAAAUCGCAAAUAAUCAAUCGUGAUAUUUGGAGUGAUCCAAUAUUGAAGGAGUUGGUGCAAAAACAUUUUGUUUUAUGGCAGGUAUCAGUAGAUAAUGCUGAAGGUCUUCGAUUUAAAACAUUUUACAAAGUAGACACUAUUCCAUAUAUUUGCAUUAUUGAUCCACGAACUGGAGAAAACAAACAGGCUUUCGAUGUGGUUACAUCGCAAACGUUCACCGCUGACCUCAGUGAAUAUUUAGAAACAAAUUCUCACAGACUGGACACUGAGCACAGCGAGCCUGAGAAAGUAAGCCCAUCGCGUUCCACGCCAACUUCAACAGUAACGCGUUCAUCUGCAGUCCUCAAGUGCAGUUGUUCAUCGUCAUCGUCUACAGUGCAGGUUCAAGAUCGGAAAAUCUCAACAACACCAAGAAAGCAAAUAUCUCCGGAAUCCAAUGGUUGCGAAGAGGAGCAUCACGUCCCGGAAAAAGCAGCUGCUGAGCUUUCUGAAGAAGAUCAACUCGCAUUAGCUAUAAAGAAUUCGCUUGAAGAAAGCCAACAGGAUCGGGAGAAUAACGAGAGCGACGAAAAUGAAAAUGAGGACGUUAUCGUUUUAAGUGAUUCUGAGGAAGAGAUUGACUCCUAUCAAAAUUAUUUGGGCAGUGAACAAGAUCCGGUGUCAACAAUACAAUUAAGGCUGCCAGAUGGUAAAAGGACACAAUUCGAGUGGCCUUCCACAACAAAACUGCGUGCUAUCAAACUUUAUGUGCAAUCAAAAUACCCAGAAGAUACCAAAGAAGCAUAUAAAGUCAUUAGCGCAUUUCCUCGACAAAAUAUAUUAGAACUCGAUGAAAAUAUAUCAUUAGCAGAUGCCAAUUUAUAUCCACGUGCUAUUCUUCACUUACAUCCCGAUAAUUGAAAACCUAUUUAUUAUGUAGAGUUAACCAGAAUUUCCCUCAAAAAAAAAAUAUUCAGAUGAAAAAUCGCAACUUCAUUUUUAGAAGUGAAAUAAAUGAGAAUAUGAAUGAAACGGUAAACAUUUUUACUUUAGUCCCUGUGUUACCACCCGGGUACCCAUCAACGUACAGCUUGUUAAAUUAUUUUUAUUCUUGGAAAUAAUGGCCAAAACCAUCUUGGACCAAUUUCCUAUCAAAUUAUGCAUUAAAUAUUUUUUUCCUUUUCUUUUUAACUAAGAAAAUUUUGAUGUUGAAGAAAUGCAUGCAAAAUUCAUGCGGGGUACCCGUAUACAACAUUCAUGGUAUUUACGUAUUUUAUCAUAAAGCAAAUGUGUUUGUAGACAAAAAAGAAGUAAAUAAAUAUUAUGUAAGUACAA